AUGGUGCCGCCGGUGCCGAUCCGGAUUAAGAACCAGGCGCGGACAAGGAGGCGGGGCAAGAAGGCGAGGGACGACGCGCCGCCCCUGCCGUGGGAAGAGUGGGAAGUGGCCAACGACAGUUGGCUCGACGAGCUUGAAGCGGCCGACGGGGACGGGGACGGCGAGUCCACGGAAGCCGCUCCGGCGGCCGUGCCGACGGCGGACCCGGCCCCGGAGGUGGUGCUCUCGCUGCUGCGCUUCCAGAAGGAGUGGCUCGCGUGGGCGCUCGCGCAGGAGGCAUCCAUCUCGCGGGGCGGCAUCCUCGCCGACGAGAUGGGGAUGGGGAAGACCAUCCAGGCUAUCUCGCUCGUCCUUACUGCGCGCCGACUCCACCCCCCGGACCACCACUCCGCGGCCUCCUCGUCCAACUCCUCGGUGGGCCGCCCGAAGGUCGGGUGCACGCUGGUUGUCUGCCCGGUGGUGGCCGUCAUCCAGUGGACCGAGGAGAUCGAGCGCCACACUGCUAGUGGCAGCGUGCGUGUGCUCAUCUACCACGGUGCCAAACGUGGUGCUCAGAAGUUCGAUUUCAACAGCUAUGACUUUGUUAUCACCACCUACUCAGAGAUCUCCCUACUCCACCAUCGAGGUGGACUACCGGAAAUGAAGGUGCACUUGAAGUAUCACUGUGGGCCUAAUGCUAUACGCACGGAAGCUCAGGCUAAGCAGCAGAGCAAGAAGUGGGACAGCAGCAAGGGAAAGGUGAGGGGGAAGAGAAGGGUUCAUAAGAAGGGUGAUGAGGCGAAUAUGGAUUUUCAAGAAUUGGCUGAUGAAUCGGGCAGCCAGUCGAGGGGCCAAUCUGCUCUGCAUUCUGUGCGGUGGGAGCGUAUUAUCCUGGAUGAGGCUCACUUCAUAAAAGAUAGACGAUGUAAUACUGCACGGGCUGUUUUUGAAUUGGAGUCAGAAUACAAGUGGGCUCUGAGUGGGACACCUUUGCAGAACCGUGUUGGAGAACUUUACUCGCUUAUUCGGUUCUUGCAAAUCUUCCCCUACUCAAACUAUUUCUGCAAGGACUGUAGCUGUGAGAUACUAGAUACCAGUAUGAAGAAACAAUGCGACUGUGGUCACUCAUCUGUUAGGCACUUUUGCUGGUGGAAUAAGGUGACACUGAGGCGGGACUGUUUUGAUAAAAAUGAAAUGGAAUUCUAUGAAGCUUUGUAUACUCAAAGUGUCACACAAUUUGAUGCAUAUGUAGAUGCUGGAACACUGAUGAAUAACUAUGCUCAUAUCUUCGAUCUUCUCACAAGGUUGAGACAGGCUGUUGAUCAUCCUUAUCUUGUAGCAUAUUCUAAGACAGCAGAACAUCCUGAAGGAAUGAAGAAUGAAGGAAAUGACACCAUGGAAAGCCAAUGUGGUAUAUGUCAUAGUUUGGCUGAAGAUGUUGUGGUUACCUCUUGUGAUCAUGCAUUCUGCAAGACUUGUUUGAUAGACUACUCUGCAGCUUUGGGGAAUGUUUCAUGUCCGUCCUGUUCAAUACCUCUCACCGUGGACUUAACAGCACAAAAUUCAGCUGGAAAAGUAACUCAAAGUGUCAAGGGUCGCAAAUGCUCAGGAAUAUUGAGCAGACUACCAAGCCUUGUAGAUUUUAAGACUAGUACAAAAAUUGAUGCCUUGAGAGAGGAGAUAAGAAACAUGACUGAUCACGAUGGUUCUGCCAAAGGGAUUGUCUUCAGCCAGUUUACAUCAUUCUUGGAUUUGAUUCAGUUUUCACUGGAGAAGUCUGGCAUCAAGUGUGUCCAGCUGAAUGGAGCCAUGAACAUUACUGAAAAAGGGAGAGCCAUAGACACCUUCACCCAUGAUCCAGACUGCAGGAUCUUCCUGAUGAGCCUGAAAGCUGGCGGAGUCGCUCUGAAUCUUACUGUAGCAUCUCAUGUGUUCCUGAUGGACCCUUGGUGGAAUCCAGCAGUCGAGAGUCAAGCGCAGGAUCGUAUCCACCGAAUCGGACAGUUCAAGCCAAUCAAGAGCACUAGGUUUGUGAUAAAGGACACGGUUGAAGAGCGCAUACUGCAACUGCAAGAGAAGAAGCAUCUGGUGUUUGAAGGGUAA